UCCUCUUCUGGGUCCCUCAGCAAUGAGCGAGAUGAAUGAAAGCAAGACAGUAACACAUUCAGUCAUGUGGCGACUCAGACGGAGACAAUCAAUACAACCACAUUUCGAUACCGCCGAGUUUCUAAUCAUGUCCUGCUGCUGUUGCUGCAGAGGAACCUUCUUGCCAUUUACUCUCUGGGCUUCACCUGGCAGCGGCAGCAUCAGGACUGGCGGCUGGCAGCGUUCGGCCUUCCUGCGACGCAGUGACGGUGUGAUUCUGAUGCAACGGAGGAAUCUCCUCGUUUGCAGGUUCUCUUCUUCAGUGUUGCAACGGAACACUCUGGUGAGGAGUUGAGACAUGUUGUCAGUGAAGACAGUGUUACUCGGUCUAGCAGACGUCAAGCCGCCGCCUGCCAUCUCUGUAGUAAGCAUCUUCCUAUAGUUCUAGACGGGAACUUUAAUCCGAGCAACUUUAGAUUCUGUUUAGCACAAUGGCAGGUACGUUUCGGGGGAACUGUCUGUGCGGCGUUGUCGGUGCAGGCGUGUGUAUAGCAGGAUGCGCCUUCCUCAUUCUAGCUGCGCUCCCCGUUGUUCAGAUUGCUUUGGGUGCAGUUUACAUACAUGACUGUCCAGCGGGACCAGUUGUUCCAGUUUAUAUGAUGGUGUUUGGGAUCUUGGUCCUGCUGAUGAUGGCCCUGUUCGCACUGCCGAAGCUCCUCUCUCCAGCAGCACAGAGUCACAGCGCCUGGGUCGUCUCCUUCACCAUCCUGUUAUUCUUGUCUUCCGUUUGGCUUCUAGUCGGCAGCUACCACGUUUAUUCCAUAUACCCACCCGACUACGAGAAGAACACCACGGAUUCCGACAGCUCCACCAGGAGGAUCGGCGUUCCUGACCCCCUGACCUCAGAGAACCAGAGCCUUCACAGCCGCAACCGCAGCCAGAACUUGUGGGAGACGAUUCAAAUCCUCAACAGCACAAACAGAGGGACCAACAGAAACCCGACUGGCGCCCAACAACAGCCACAACAAGUGGCGUCUGUGUCACCAUACUGCAACAGGACCGUGUACUUGUUUGCUUUCUGGACCACUACACUGGUGCUAGUGAUCGUGGGAAACGCCCUGCUGCUCAUCAUCUGUCUGUAUGGGUUCAUGAAAUGCAUAGAUGUGUUUGUACAUUAUCUCUACUGAACUGACUGCUGAACGACAGAUAGAGCCAUUGCUCUGCAGAAGGAAAGAAGCAGAGGGACAGCUGUCCUGUAUGGCGUACUGAAACUGUCUAAGUCAAUCAGCAAAUCAGCAUUGGAACAUUAUGGGCUACCAGGAGCCUGUUAGUUAGAUAUUCACAAAACACAAGUUUUCACUGUGAGAACUUGUGUUCUUUCAGUCACUAUUUGGCUGUCUAAAUAUUUUUUUAAUAUAUAGAAUUAGGACAUAAAGCUCCACCAAACAGGUCACCGAGCUUAGCGCUUGUUCUGGAGGCAAGUUAAGCUAGCUGUGAAAGGCUAAAUGAUCAAGCAGCUACUCUUUUGCCUUGGCAUAUUUCAUUAUUGAUCUUAAAUCUGAAGUUCCAAGAUGGAGAAAAUUAACUGAAGUGUCCACUAAUACCUAAUUUGGAAAUCAAAGCUGUCCCGUAAGAGCAGUCAUACUUUUGGGGGCAGCUUUUUUUCUCUCACAGCACGGUAAAUGGUCUUAGCUGCAAAAAAUAUAUAUCUGUGUAGUUGGUAGAUAAAAAGUGUAAGA